GCGCGGGGAGCUUCUGGAAGAAGCCAAGAAGAUGGAGAUGGCCAAGUUCCGCUACAUCCUGCCCGUAUACGGCAUAUGCCAGGAGCCUGUGGGCCUGGUCAUGGAGUACAUGGAGACGGGCUCGCUGGAGAAGCUGCUGGCCUCCGAGCCACUGCCGUGGGAUCUGCGCUUCCGCAUCAUCCACGAGACGGCCGUGGGCAUGAACUUCCUGCACUGCAUGGCCCCGCCUCUCCUCCACCUGGACCUCAAGCCCGCAAACAUCUUGCUGGACGCCCACUACCACGUCAAGAUUUCCGAUUUUGGGCUGGCCAAGUGCAACGGGCUGUCCCACUCCCAUGACCUCAGCAUGGAUGGCCUGUUCGGCACCAUCGCCUACCUCCCUCCGGAGCGCAUCCGGGAGAAGAGCCGGCUCUUCGACACCAAGCACGAUGUGUACAGCUUUGCCAUUGUGAUCUGGGGUGUGCUCACACAGAAGAGACCGUUUGCAGGUGAGUGGCCUUGUCCUUGGGGGCAGUGUGUCCAUCUGUCCUGGGACAGUGCGGUGUGCCGCGCGUGGUCCCGUCUCUGAGCUGUGCCUGCAGUCGCCUUCCUGCAGGGAUGGGGGGCUUGCUCUGGGCCGUGAAGCCGGCGGGACCCUCCUGGGGGGGCUGUGGGGUUGCUGCUCCAUCCCGCCCAGCACGUCCUCACAGAGCCACGGCCCGCACGGCAGGCCUCUCUGUCCGGAGACGAGCCGUCCUGCAGCAUAAUUCACGGACAAGAAAAGGCUGCUGUCUGAAGGGGUCUGUUCAGUGCGUUUCUUUUUUUAGGUGCCUGGUGAUUCUUGUGUGUGUGUGUGUGUGUGAUGUAAUGUACGUGACAUAAAACUUACCCUU